CAUGUCCAAGAGCAAAGACCAGCCCUCGGACCAAUCGACCGGCGCAUCCCCAGCCUCCGUCUCAGAGGUUCGCGCGGACCUGGCCCUAGGCGAGCGUCCCUGGUACGAUCUCCUGUCCCAGGAGCACCCGACCUCUCUCUACUACGCCGUCAUCUAUCUCGCGCCGGGCGACUACCACCGCUUCCACUCGCCCACGAACUGGGUCGUCGAGCGCAGGCGCCACUUCGCGGGCGAGCUGUACAGCGUAUCGCCCUACCUCCAGCGGACCCUCCCUGGGCUCUUCACACUCAACGAGCGCGUGGUGCUCCUCGGCAGGUGGCGCUGGGGCUUCUUCUCCUUCGUCCCUGUCGGCGCGACCAACGUAGGCUCGAUCAAGGUCAAUUUUGACCGCGAGCUGAGGACCAACAGCCUCACAACCGACACGGCCGCAGAUAGGGCCGCGGAGGAGGCGGCUGCGCGGGGCGAGCUGUACACGGGCUUCUCGGAGGCGACGUACGAGACGGCCAGUCCCGUGCUGCAGGGCCACGCGCUACGGAGGGGCGAGGAGAUGGGCGGGUUUCAGCUGGGCAGCACCAUCGUGCUGGUCUUUGAGGCGCCGCUGGGGAAGGUAGACGAGCAGGGGCAGCUGCGCGGAGGGUGGAACUGGGGAGUGGAGAAGGGGGUCAAGGUCAAGAUGGGCCAGGCCCUGGGGUGGGUGAGCGAAGAAUGAAGACGUCGUGUGGGCAUACGCAUUUGUGGAAACUAUGUAAGUUGGCUGCACACUAAGAGCGCAGGAACAGACCUCUUGUGGCAAUUCUCGCUCGUCGAGCCCACCAUUUUCGAAAAUUCCAAUACAAAACAAAGACUAAAUGGACAACAUUUGCAAGUUGCCAAGGUUUCGAGCAACAAUGAAGAAGCAUAGUCGGUAUAUGAACACGAUGGUGGCCCUUUGAGGCGUAUACCACCUGCGAAGAACAUCUCCAGACAUAAAAGUUGGCUCCCAAGGCCUUCAUUACUUGGACGUUUUUGCUGCCAUCUAUCAAUAAAUAUCAUUUAAACUG